GUUCAAAGUUUUUUUUUUUUUUUUUUAGUAAAGGUAGUUCAAAGUUGAGAUUACCUAUCUAGCUAAACUCCCCCAUAAAUCACAUUUACCUUUAAAACAUUAUUCUAUUGGGUUACAUACUUUCAAGUGGAAUCAACUAAAGUGUCUAAAACGACUCUCUCCGUCUUUUGACGUGAUGUUUAUCUCCGUCAUCCCUUACGGCUCCUAGUUCCUUUCAUCUCCCUGAUAUCCUUCUCACGAUUUCCCUUGCUGUUUAAUUCACCUUCCCUUCCUAUGGGGGACCAUCCACAGCGCCUUCUUCUCGCCCAUACCGAUACUUCCCCUCUCACAACGCCCCCAGCUACGGAAUCCUCUCAGCCAAGACCAGACCAGGAAGAUACCUCUACUCAAUCAGUUGAUGAGUUUCUCCUUCUGGAUGAUGAAGUGGAAGAUCGGCUAUCGGAAUCAUGGGCUACUACCUUGGUAGGGUUUGUUCUUGAAGGAAACAGAUACCGUAAACAAGCGUUAACUGAAGGCCUUGUUAAUGCUUGGAAUCUCAAAUUUGGACUGGAGGUCUCCACCAUAGAUCAGAAUCACUUUCUAUUCCAAUUCCAACAUCGGAUUGAUAUGGAAAAUGUCCUCGCUGAAGAACCUUGGACUGUUGCAGGAAACUUAAUCAUCCUUGAAUCUUGGAACCCAGAACAGAGAUGGCAGUUCUGCAAUGCAUCCUUCUGGGUACAGUUUUACUCCUCAACUCUGGACCUGCUCGAUAUCAACCUGGGUCGGCGAUACGCAACUCAAAUUGGUUCUCCUACGAAGAUCAUGCUUAUACGGGGUACCCAAGGCGGUCAUCGGCAACAUUAUCUCCGUGCCAGAGUUAAGAUUGAUAUUCGGAAGCCCCUUCGCUCUAUUAUUCCGAUCCGGCUUCGCAAUGGGCUUGAAAACACCAUUCAGCAAAGGACCUUCUUUUACUUGGAACAACAAAAGAGGUGGAGCUGCAAGCAAACAUCCGUGUUCGUUUAGAUCGGGCCUUUGCUAAUCAAGCUUGGAUCUGCAACUUUAUUGACACAGCUGUCUUUGUUCGGUCUACUGUUGGAUCUGAUCAUCUCCCUCUCUUAGUAGACACUGAAGGAGGAAAAAUAAUGGACCCUGCCCCUUUCGGUUUGAAAUUAUGUGGAUGAGAGAUGAGGAUUGCAAGAAUGCAGCGAAAGAAGCCUGGUCCAAGCAAUGUGAUGGACUGCCUCGGAUGCUCUGCACUUGAAACAGAAAAAUUGUAGAUUGGUCUACAAGAAAUGGAACUCUAGAAUAUUUGGGAAUCUACAAACUAAUAUUUCCAACCUUAAAGAGGAUCUUGAACAUAUCAUGGGGCUUCCACCAACUGCGUUUUCUCAAAGUCGAUUGAAUGACAUCUCUUCUAAGCUUGCUAAUGAACUUUUAAAAGAAGAAGACUUCUGGAAACAAAAGUCGAGGAACAAUUGGCUGAAGAGUGGUGAUCUCAGCACCUCCUUCUUUCACGCAUCUGCCAUUCAACGACAGCAAAUCAAUAAGAUCCUCAAACUCAAGGAGGCCACCGGUGUUUGGACUACUUCUCAAUCUGAAAUCAAAGAAGAGAUACUUUCCUACUGCCAGAAUACCUACACCACAGAAGGCAUCAACAUGGAUUCCCUUCAACAUACUUUGAGCUGCAUUUCUCCUUCAGUAACAGAGGAUAUGAACAACUCUCUCUGUAGAAUUCCUGAUUUGGAGGAGGUUAAGGGAGCUUUAUUUGCUAUGAAACCAAAUAAAUCCCCAGGUAUAGAUGGUAUGCCCCCUAUUUUCUUUCAAACUUUUUGGGAUCUAACUCAUGUUGUACUCUACGGCUUUGUGACUGAGUUUUUUCAUACCAAGUCUCUUCCCCCCCAAUUCAACAGAACCAUUGUAUGUCUAAUUCCAAAGAAAAAUUGCCCUGAAAUGGUGGACGAUUUCAGGCCGAUCA